CUUUUGUCACAUUCUCUAUCUAUACUCUCUCCCUCUCUCUCUCUCUCUCUCUAUAGUAACCAGAAGAACCUCCCCCUGUGCGAUCGACGGGCCCGCUUUCCGGUGAUCCAUUGGCGGCGCUCGCCGUUGCGUUCUAGCUUCCCAAUGUUACAAUUUCUCUCCAGUUCUCGACUAUAUCCAUUUUUUGCUUUCCUCUUCAAUAAAAUGUCAUCACCGCAAAAAGCUUCGCUGAUUUGAAUGUGCUUAUCGGUGCAACCGAUGAAUUAAAUAGUAUUGCGAAUACAAGUCUAGGGGUUGGGGUUAAAUAUCAAAGAAAAGAAUAAUUUCUGGGGUUGGGGUUUAUUAGAGUGAAAUGCUGAACAAAUUUAUAAAACGCCGGCAGCGUAAGCCCUUCAAAUCGGACGGUGGUAAUGACUUAGGGUUUAUUCCACCAGGGAAUCGAAACUCCAGUGCUGUUUCAACCUCGAAUCACACUUCUAGAACCACUCCGUUAUCCGUUGCCAAUUACGGUGUCCCCCCACCUAGUGCGACCGUAGAGACCCUACCUAUGUUCAGGGACGUUCCGGCCUCUGAACGUCAGACCUUGUUCCUUAGAAAAGUUCAGGUUUCUUGCUUCCAAUUCGAUAUGUCUGAUGCCCUAAAAAUGAUGAGGGAGAAGGAGAUUAAGAGGCAGAGUCUAGUUGAGCUCGUUGAUUUUGUGCAAUCCGGGUCAGGGAAAAUCACAGAGACAAAUCAAGAAGGCAUUAUCAAGAUGAUUUCUAUAAAUAUAUUCCGUUGUUUGGCCCCGGCAUCUCAUGAAAAUACGGGUUCCCAAAACAUGGACCUGGAAGAGGAGGAGCCCUACAUGGACCUCGCGUGGCCCCACUUACAGUUGGUGUACGAGCUACUUCUGAGAUAUGUGGUGUCCUCCGAUACUGACACCAAGGUUGCCAAGCGGUGCAUUGACCAUUUGUUUGUUUUACAACUUCUUGACUUGUUUGAUUCUGAGGAUCCUCGAGAGCGGGAAUAUUUGAAAACAAUCCUCCACCGGAUAUACGGGAAAUUCAUGGUGCAUCGCCCUUGUAUUAGGAAAGCGAUCAAUAAUAUAUUCUAUCGGUUUAUAUACGAGACAGAGAGACACAGUGGGAUUGGUGAGCUCUUGGAGAUUCUUGGGAGCAUAAUCAAUGGGUUUGCUCUGCCAAUGAAAGAGGAGCAUAAGUUGUUUCUUGUUCGAGCUCUUAUACCAAUGCACAAGCCUAAGUCGAUUUCAUUAUACCAUCAGCAGCUCUCAUACUGCACUAUUCAGUUUGUCGAGAAAGAUUACAAGUUGGCUGACACUGUAAUAAGGGGUUUGUUGAAGUUCUGGCCUGUCACCAAUUGUCAAAAAGAAGUGCUUUUUCUUGGGGAGCUAGAAGAAGUGCUGGAGGCAACACAGGCUGCAGAGUUUCAGCGCUGCAUGGUCCCUCUAUUUAGACAGAUUGCGCGUUGCCUUAAUAGCUCUCAUUUUCAGGUUGCUGAAAGAGCUCUUUUUCUAUGGAACAAUGACCACAUUGUGGGCUUGAUUGCACAAAAUCGGAGCAUCAUUUUGCCAAUCAUUUUCGAUGCAUUGGAGAAGAACAUUCAGUCUCACUGGAAUCAGGCAGUCCAUAGGUUGACUGUUAAUGUUCGCAAAAUGUUAUCUGCAAUGGAUACUGAACUGUUUGAGGAGUGCCGAAGGCAAUAUACAGAGAAAGAGGUCAGGGCAAAAGAGAAAGAAGAGCGGCGGGAAUUGAAGUGGCAUAGAUUGGCCGCUGCCGCUGCACAAGGAGGGUGAGAGAGGAUGUGAAUGUGAUUUAACUCAUUACUUUACUUGGCUUCUCUAUCUUGCUCUUCUUUUUGCAGUUUUUUUCCCAUACUCAAUUAUUUUAGCAAGCAGUGUAACUUAGAAUGCAUAGAUAGUUGCUGGUGGCAAUAUGCUGCAGACUAAAAAUGGUUUGUGAAGUAUCGCUUGUAUUUUUGCUCCUCCAAAUGUAGGAACCAUUUAUUUGGUUUUAGAUGCACAAACAGGGACUUAUCUUCCUAUGGUCGAUUGAUUUCUAAUGGGUUUUG